AUGAAACGAUUGAACUUUGGCCACAAGCAGGCUCUUGCACUUCUUGCAUCGUGGUGCAACCCUGCAGAUGUGAUAGACUGCAGUCUGAAAUUUUAUUUCAGGCCUGAAGAUUUACGUGUUCUUUUUGAGCGAAUUGGUCCGGUACGUGAUGUGUACAUUCCGCUGGAUUACUACACACGUGAAUCACGUGGCUUUGCUUAUGUAAAAUAUGAAUCGUGGCGGGACGCGGAGAAUGCAAUACGGAAACUCAAUGGCACAAGCGUAUUCGGCAGACGAAUUGAAGUUGAGUGGGCCGAAGGUCAACGGAAAAGUUGCUUUUUAUGA